UAAAUGUCAUAUUCAUAAAUGUAAAUAAAGGUUAUGAUUUUUAAGAUUCAGAUUUCGCGAUUUGCAUCACGCUGCUGCUGCCACUUACAGUCAGUGACGUAAUGGUACACCUUCACUAACCUUACCGUAAAUCCCAGAAAUACAAACGCACAAUCCAAAUUCUCCACUGAAAUUUUGCACCGUAAAAUAUAACGUAACGCAGUACCUGGCGAUGAAUGUCUUUUUUCACAGCAUCAGUUAAAAAAGACACGUUGAAGUCUGCUAAAAUAAACAAGACGUAGCGAUGCGUGCGUUUGAGGCGCUUCUACUAACCAAUCACGGUAUGAAGGAGCCGCAGUUGCUCCUCUCAUGUUUAUCUCUGCUCUGGAGCUUGGCUGUUCCGCUACGAAGACGCGUUCAGUCUUCUCUAAGAAGAUAAACCACGUCUGGUAAGGUACUGUUAUAGCAAAUGGCAUGCAAAUACGCGUAACGCGUCUUGUGUUAGAUUAUAGUCUGUCAUAGUCAGAAUCAAAGGCUUGAGGUUGAUUGGAUUCAUUCAUUUUCUCCAGCUGAAUCGGACAAGUGUUCCUUCAGUUUAUUCCCUUCAGAGGAUCGGCUUCAAAGACACGCAGUUAAAUCAGUGUUCAUGCCGGACUUUGAGCACUUCAGAUUUUCCUACUCCAGAAUGAAUCCUGUAUUGGGGGAGAACGUGUAUCCGUUCCAGCAGAACCAGGUGACGGGUUUCGCGGACUCCGCGUCGUCGGGCCACUGGACCGAUCCAGCGGGCCUUUUCUUAAGCGAGCACACAAGUGGCAUCGGGCAAGAAGGGUUGGACCUAGGCGCAUUACCCCCGCCGGGAACACCGUAUCUGCACCUGGGUAACUAUCUCCACCGGGUGUCUCCACCUCCUCCUGCCGCCGCGGCCCUGCGUAACGACCUGGGGUCCAACAUCAGUGUCCUCAAAACUCUAAAUUUGCGCUUCCGCUGCUUUUUAGCCAAAGUACAUGAACUGGAACGCAGGAAUAAAGUAUUGGAAAACCAACUGCAACAGGCAUUGGAUGAGAGCGCGGAGUGUGUGGAAAAUAAGAAGCCUUUCACGCGAGAUGUUGGAGUGCAAACCGGCUUCGCUGGAUUGAUUCCUGUCAGGCCCGAUUUAAUACCCAUUCAGAACGCGAACGACACCGCGUAUCUGUCCGGAGCCUUGCUGUCACCGACUCUCAAUAACACCAUCCUCUCUCUCGAGUCCAAUAACAGGACAACAGUAGAAAACCUGAACCCAUCCAAUCUGACGGACUCUAACUCUAAUCUUACUCCAAAUUUCCCCAUCAGCCCGAUUGAUCCUGCUCCAAAAACAUUCAGCAAUAUUAACGGGAAGUAUGUCCAUACUGGUAUCGGCUGUAGCAGCAACCCUCCACCCAGAUUUCUACCUGGCACCGUGUGGUCGUAUAAUCCGAGGUUCAGCAGCGGGCGCGAGACGCGGGCGUCAUGGGUGCCUCCAGACGGAGUGGGUGUCCAGAUCGACACAAUAACCCCAGAGAUUCGGGCCCUGUACAAUGUGCUGGCCAAGGUAAAGAGGGAGAGAGACGAAUACAAACGGAGAUGGGAAGAUGAAUACACAAUGCGAGUGGAUCUACAGGACAAGGUUGCAGAGCUUGAAGAGGACCUGCAGGAAAGCGAGGUGUGUCAGGAUGAACUUACUCUGAGGGUUAAGCAGCUUAAAGCAGAGCUGGUUCUGUUCAAAGGCCUCAUGAGCAAUAAUCACUCUGAUUUGGACAGUAAAAUCCAGGAGAAGGCCAUGAAAGUGGACAUGGAUAUCUGUCGCAGGAUUGACAUCACGGCUCGUCUGUGUGAUGUAGCCCAACAGAGAAAUUGUGAAGACAUGAUUCAGAUCUUCCAGCAAGUAGCCACACCUCCAUCAACCUUGACCCGCCGUCCUCGAAAACCAGCGUCGCAGACAUUCAGGGGGAACGAGAGUGAUGAACCAGUGAGCAUCUCUGAAAGUGAGGAGAGCGGGAAUAAGGAGAUCAAUGAGGAGAUGCAGAGGAUGCUGAACCAAUUGCGUGAGUGUGAGUUUGAUGAUGACUGCGACAGUCUUGCGUGGGAAGAGACGGAGGAAACUCUGUUACUCUGGGAAGAUUUUCCAGGAUGCACCCUCAGUGUUGAGAACCAAGGAGAGGAUGAGUCCAUAGAGAAAGUGAUAAAGGACACAGAGUCCCUUUUCAAGUCCCGUGAACAGGAAUAUCAAGACACCAUUGACCAAAUUGAGCUGGAGUUGGCAACUGCUAAGUCGGAUAUGAACAGGCAUUUGCAUGAGUAUAUGGAGAUGUGCAGCAUGAAAAGAGGCCUGGAUGUUCAGAUGGAGACCUGCAGACGAUUAAUCACUCAGAGUGGAGACAGAAAAUCACCUCUUCUCAUUUCGGUUGCUGUGGAGGAGGGAGAAAAUGCGGAGAAGGAGAAGAAAAAAGCAACUGCGGCAAAUUCUGACAGCACUGAACCAUAUUGUGACAUGCAGACGGACUCCGCUGUCCCGGACCACACAUGGAAAAAGGCUUAAGAGCGUUUGUGUCCCUCCAGCACCACAGAAAUAGCUGUAAUUAUAAACAUAUGUUAGUGAUCAUUUCAUAAUAGAGACUGUGAUGCUGCAGCAAGACUCCACAGUAAACGGGUUAUAGUUUCGUUCUGAAAGGCAAGUAACCUUGUGUAGUUUCACUAGUGCCCUCUAUUGGAAUGCAUCAUUAAUGGUCCAAAAAAAUAAUAUAAAAUUCUGCUUGCAGCAUAUAGCACCAUAUUAACUCUGGCCAAAAAUAUGAGGGUGGAUGUGAUAUCACUCUUUCUAGAUUAUUUAAUUUUAUUUACAGUUUAUUUGUAUGCAGAUAAACACCAAGCCAAGUCAUUCAUGUUAUGUAGUACCGUUUGAACUCUGUAAUUUGUCAUUUAAGGAAGAUAUUUAAAUGGGAACUUUAAGGAAUAUGUUCUAGUAAAAAAGGCACUUCAUUAAUUUUUUACUUUACUAAACUUUAUUAUUUACACAGUGUCAAGAAAAUUAACAAGAUGAAGAGCUGAAAUUAAGAAUUAAGAGUUAGCUUAAAUUACAUUUUUUUUAUAUAAUAAUUUUGAUUCAUUAUACCAAUUCCAACAAGAUUGAAUGUUUUAAAUAAGACAAAACAACUAAUACACAAAAAAAUCAUAGAAUUCCUAAUUGCUAAUACUUGCUUAUUUUGUGCUUUUGUUUUUAAAAAUGAUGUAAUUUCCUGGAGAAUUAUGUCAUGAACUGGCAAAAACAUGUUUUGUUUGCAACAAUCUGAUUGGAGAAAAAGAAAGAAAAAAUAAAGAAACACCUGAAAUGUUUCUUAAUUACCAUUUUAUCAUUGUAGAUGUUUUACUUAAAAUUAUAUAUGAAACUAUAUAUGAAUUUUACUAAAUUAACUAAAAAGACUUGUUCUUAUAUUAGUUCUUAUAUUAUAUUAUAUUAUCAUAUUAUGAGCUUGUUUCAAUGAUCCUUUGGAUACUCAAAUAAUAAGAGCAAGUUAUUAAUUUCUAAACAAGCACUUAGCAGUUUAUGUAUCAGCUACCAGCGAUGCCAGCAAUAUGAUAAGUGAUAUUUAAAAAGGUCUGCAGUCAACUUUUUGCAGCUCUAAGUGGAGAUAAUUUUGGGACCAGUAUUUAGCGCUUAACACUUUGGCAUGAAGCGUACACUGAAGUGUGUGGGUGUCUGCUUUCAUUUUGUUAUAUAUUCUGUGAUUUUGUGCCGUGGGUGAAGGCCAGAUGACUAAUCAUUGGCCUUGUUAUUUGUGUUUCUUGGUUGAAGAUGUCUAAAUCUUUAGUGUUGUGUCAUUACGCACUGUAACCUGCCCUUGAUCCCUUAGCUUCAGUCAAUGUCUUUAGCCUUUAGUUGCAUAAGCAUUAGUCAAAAACAGAUGCUCAAGUGAAUUUUAUUAGAUUCAUUUAUUAGAUUCAUCCCUCAUUGUGAGGGCCAGGGUUACAAAAACAGUUUACAAAGAUUAUUCUUAAAGUGCAUCUGGCUCAAAAAAAAGUGACAUCAGUGUAGGCCUAAAUAAAAAGCCAAAACAAAUUGGUUAGUUAGGUCAAAAAAGUCUGAGUCAUUAUGCACUUAUGCCUAAGUGAUGGCUGAACAUGUUAUGUGCUGCUGAGGGCAAUGUAUUCCACAUUAUUUCCACUCUCCACGCUGAACCUCUCCUAUGCUAUUUAUCUAUUUAUUUAUUUUUAUUUGUUUAAUUAUUUAUUUGACUAAAGAGGGUUUCCAAUAUCAAUUCCACGAUUUUAUCCAAAACAAUUUACAAUUUUAGAGUCAGAAACAGAAAGAGCAGUUCGAUUCAGUUUAAACUGAAGGAAUAUAAUCUGGAUUCACUUUAAAAACAUUAUGUAAUUCCAACAAAUCACUUACUGACAAAACUUUACAUUCAUAAAUCUAAUUAUGAGUCAGUAUGCUGUGUAUUUCGGUCUUUUGUUUGCAUUAUCUUUUCCCCCCUAUAUUUAUCAAGUUAUGAAUGCUUUACUGAUAAUCACUGGCAAAACAAACUGUAAUGGAAAAGCUUAACUAACAUAUUUGUAUAUCAAGGUGCUUUAGAGAUUUUUGAAAUUCUGGUUUUAGAUGUGGAAUGGAUGGUUUUGAAAGUUUAUUGUAUUUAUACUUUAAGACACUUGCUGAGGUGUUUACAGGCACACAUCUGCUUUAAAACCUUCAUAAUAAUGCUAAUAAUGUCUGUCUACUUAACUCUUAUUAGCAGCAACAUGUAGUUUAGAUAUUUUUCGUAGAUGUAAACCAUGGAAACAGUAGAGCUGCUUCUGUGAUUAUUCAAUCAUAGCCUACAGUAGAUUACCAUGCCAACUCAUGCAGCAGUGUAGCUUUGGUUACCAUAAAUGUAAGCAGGUCUGUGUGAACUGAAGUGAUAUUAUGGCAUUUAUUACAAUCUAAGGUCACAGGCUCACAUUAUCCAAAGUCUUAGUUUGUAAUAUGAAGUGGUUAAUAUAGAAAGGAGAAAUGUAAAUGAAAUGACUGUUUAAAACAAAUGUUUAUCAGUGUGCUCUGAAUAUAUGAAUGUGAAUGAGGGAAAUUUUCUAAUUGUGAGGCAACAUUAGAAAAGGGCUUCUAAACUGCUCCUGGUUUAAGACUGCUUUUUGUGCAAUAGACUACUAUUUAUUAAAAAUAUGAAUGUGUUCUGAUUCUAGAUAUCUGAUAUCUAGAUCAAUGAAACUUGUAAAGAUGGUCCCAAACCGGAAAAUGUAAAACUGUGUACAGAUAUCAAGAUGGACAAGCUGAAAAUAAAUUAUUUUAGUGAAAACAUU